AUGGAUAUGAUGAGCCCUCCACGGUCGCUGUCUGAACUGGACGAUGUGUCGGACAGUGGGUCGAGCCUUGGGUCUGGGGACUGGACUGACCUGAGCUCUGCGCAUGCGGACGAUGCAUCUGACGAUGGACGCGAUGGUCGGCCUGUGGGUGUGCUGGGGCGGAUGAACGACGGGAGCGAAGAGGCAUGGACGACGGCAGAUGCUUUGUCAUCGUCGUCUGCGUCUGCCUAUGCAUCGCUCCAUGCACCCCUGAACCCAUUUGAGAGCGACGGCGAAAGCGAGCGUUCGGUGCGACCACUUCCAUCCGACACAAGACGCGAACUCGAGCUCAUCCUGCCCGAUCCCCUCGAGCGCUCCGACUCGACCCUCAACAUCGACCUCUCCUUCUCCGAUGCCGUUCUCGCCGCCAACCCCACUGCACUCGUCUCUGUCGCCGGCGCUUAUCCAUCUAUCGCCCAGCGCUCUGCCGUCGUCCAUGACGUCUUGCUCGCCAUUGCCAGUGCCGCACGUGCAUCCCUCGUCCGUGUCGAGUACUUCAACUUUGCAAGUCUUUCCGGUCUUCCCAGCCGUGUCGAGAACCGUCUUGCACCGGAAAAGGAAAUUGUGGUGCUUGUCCGAGACCAUACGGUGGCACCAUUGACUCACUCGAUCGAUGGGACGCCUUCUAUUCUUGUCGUAUUUACUAGCGAUGCCCACGAAUCCACAGUCCCCUCGAUUCACAAACACUCCAUCCUCAUCCCCGUUGUGCUCAGCGAGUCCCGCCCGGUCGUGCUCUUUGACGAACGAGAUGACCGCACAGACGAAACUUCUGUCGACAUGACCGAACUCACACGCCAAUUAUCUAAUUUAUUCACUUUUGAACGUGAUUCAGUCGCCACAACCCAAACCGCCGUCGAUGUCGCUGCCGAACUCGAGCGCGAAGACAAGCCUUUCGACUCGGACAUUCCCACUCAAGACCUUGACCUGGACAAUCAGUCGCUUGUCUCAUUCUACUCGGAAACACCUAGUGACCAUCUUCUUGACGACACAGUCCUUGUCCGACCUGGAGAAAAACCACUCAAACCGGUGGCUCCCAAGCGCCAGCCACUUGACCGUUUUAUUGGCCCUGAGCGUGCUGAGCUUCUAAGGAAACUCAAUGCUAGCAUGGGCCCGGGUCUGACGGCUGCGUGUGCACUCGCCGUGGUUCUCUCCCUUGUCCUGGGAACAGGCCACUUGAUCCAAUCCUCCAAUCCCAUCAAAGCCAUCAACCUCGCUCCCACUAGCUCACUCGCUCCAUCCUCCACCAUCCAUGCCCUCGACCCCACUUCUGCUGCCGAGACCUCGUUGGCUCUCAAGUCGCCUCACACAUCCCUUGCGGUCAAAUCCUCUACCGCCACCUCGUCAUUGGCGGUCAAGUCUCAACACACCUCGCUUUCCACCAGCUUGUCCGUUCGUGCACCGGUCAAUGAAUCCUGUUCGACUGUACCCGUGUCGAUCAACAAGGCCGAGACCACAUCCUUGUCCACUAUCCCUGUCGCGGGUACGAGCCUGUCGACCACGACUGCUUCUACUUCCACGGCUACGGCUACGUCAUCUCCUUCGUCGGCUCCGACUGCCAAGGCCCAUGUCCUUCACGAAGUCGUCGAAGAAUUCGGGUUUACCAUUGAGCGUGUUUUGGGCCUGAACUUCCGCGCGACCAUGGACGCAGUCCGCAAGUCUGACGCUGCCAUUGCCGAAGCCGUUGGCCGUGCCAACGAAGCUAUCAAGGCCGCUAGCGGAAUCGAUACCGCCGAGCAUGUCAAGCAUGCAUCGAGCGAGCUGCGCGGACGCCAUGCCGUUGCCCGUCGUACUGCCCAGCGUCAAUUGGCCAACCUCAAGCGCGGAGUGGAGAGUCUAUGGGGCGAGGAGAAGGAAGACGUCAAAGGCAAGGGAAAAGCGAAAGAAACCUUUUCCACCAAGGGAAAAGGAAAGGAAAAAGAAGUACCCCGACCCGGGCGUGAAAAGUGGCACACCUCCAAGGACACCGGCAAGCCUCCUCGUUGCGAGCGGUCUGCAAAGAAGGAUAAGCUCAAGGAGGACAAACCAAAGGGAUGCGGCAAAUGCAAUGAGAAAAAGAAGAUCAAGUCCAAGUUCCCUACUCGUGAAGAGGCGGAAAAGGCCGCCAAGUCCAAUCCAAGAGGAAAGCGGCCUAUUGCCGAGGUCGAGGUCGAAUGGACGUGGGGACCCGACGCCGAGUAUGAAUAUCCGUUCGGAUAUGGGCCCGGAACGUGUUGCAAGAGGUCCAGGAAUAUUUUAUCUUUUAGUGGAUAG